CUAAAGAAGAAGAAGACCACUUCCUUCUCAACGUCGCUGAUUCUGGUCUGCUCCGUGAAGCGGAAGAAUUAUGAAUCAAAUCAAAUGUUAUUGGUCACAUACAUAUUUUAUUGCUGGUGUAGCGAAAUGCUUGUAAUGCACUGACUACUGCGGAGGUUGCAUUGUUGAAAAUGCUGCAUGGACACUGCAGACAUCGGAUUGAACGUACACCAGGUUUUUCUGGUUCGCUGCACGGAUAGCGCUGCUGUAAACAGUCUGGUAUUUUAUAGGCGUCCAUUACUGGGCCUCAGACAUUUAAACUAUCUGGACUCUCGAAGAGGACGUUGUUUCAAGUGGAUCUCGGGUAGAGUUAGACGAUAACAGACAACAGGAUUCUUGGUGAAUAGGGUGUUGAACGUUUUAUUGACUUUAAUAGAUUUAAAUCGUAUCCAGGAUCUUUCUGAAGUAAGGUUAGCCAACAUCAGACAUUUAUUUUUCACAGUUUAAGUCGAAUUGUGCCAUUUUAAAGGACGCCUGAUUGCUCUGGUCUAGCAGUUUAUCUGAAUGCUGUGACAAACAAAUUAACUGUAGUGUAAACUAGCUACAGAUUAACUGUCACGUUUUUAUAUUUGAAGAAACGCUGAAGAAAGAAUAGUUUACACGAUGAAUCGGGACAGAGCUAGUCCGUCCCCUUCCAACCUGCCGGAGUCCCCUGGUCACAACUCUCCUGGUAGCGCCUUACUGCUGGAUCUGAAGAGGGUGUCUGUGUGGCUGGUCGACUGCAGGAAAACACCAGGGCAGAGUGGAAUUGUGAGAGAAGGACACGAGGAGGGAGAUGAAGAUUUGAUUUCAUCAAGGGACAGCACUAACCAUUCUCUCAGUUGGAUGGGCUUGACAUCGGCGGACCCUCAACAACAUUGUGUUGCUGACGAGACAGAGAAGUGUCUCUAUAGACCAGAGCACCCCAAGAAACACCAGCAGAGAUGUAUAGGGAAGAAACCUCAACACUGCUGCUCUGACUGUGGGAAGAGUUUCACUAGCAGGAGUGAUUUCAUUAUUCACCAGUGGAUUCACACCCGGGAGAAACCGUACUGCUGCUCUCAGUGCGGGAAGAGUUUCACUGCUUCUAACGCCUUCCAAUCUCAUCUGCAAAUUCAUGCAGGGGAGAGGCCUUACCCCUGCCUUGAUGGUGGAAAGAGCUUCAAUCAGUCAAGCAACCUGACUACACACCAGCUAACACAAACUGGAGUGAAGCCUUUUAUCUGUGAUCAGUGUGGAAAGAGCUUUGCGGUAGCUUCCACCCUGAGUAGACACCAGGUUACACACACUGGAGAGAAGCCUUAUAGCUGUGAACAGUGUGGGAAAAGCUUUGCUGUAGUUUCCUCCCUGAUUAGACACCAUCGAACACACACUGGAGAGAAGCCUUAUAGCUGUUAUCAGUGUGGAAAGAGCUUUGCUGUAUCAGAAAAACUAACUAUACACCAGCGAACACACACAGGAGAGAAGCCUUAUAGCUGUGAACAGUGUGGGAAGAGCUUUGCUGUAGUUUCCUCCCUGAUUAGACACCAUCGAACACACACUGGAGAGAAGCCUUAUAGCUGUUAUCAGUGUGGAAAGAGCUUUGCUCUAUCAGAAAAACUAACUAUACACCAGCGAACACACACAGGAGAGAAGCCUUAUAGCUGUGAUCAGUGUGGGAAGAGCUUUGCUGUAGCUUCCACCCUGAAUAGACACCAGCUAACACACAGUGGAGAGAAGCCUUAUAGCUGUGAUCAGUGUGGGAAGAGCUUUGCUGUAGUCUCCUCCCUGAUUAGACACCAUCAAACACACACUGGAGAGAAAACUUAUGUCUGUCUAUGUGGGAAGAGCUUUGCUCUAGCUUCCACCCUGACUACACACCAGCGAACACACACUGGAGAGAAGCCCUAUAGCUGUUAUCAGUGUGGCAAGAGCUUCAGUCAAUCAGUACACCUGAAUACACACCAGCGAACACACACAGGAGAGAAGCCUUACAGAUGUGACCAUUGUGGAAAGAGCUUCAGUCAAUCAGUACACCUGAAUACACACCAGCGAACACACACCGGAGAGAAGCCUUACAGCUGUGAUCAUUGUGGAAAGAGCUUCAGUCAAUCAUUAAACCUGAAAACACACCAGCUAACACACACUGGAGAGAAACAUUAGAUAGACAUACAGUACCAGUCAAAAGUUUGGACACACCUACACAUUCCAGGGUUUUCAUUUUUUGUAUUUUCUACAUUGUAGAAUAAUAGUGAAGACAUAUAGUGAAGUGACAUAUAGUGAAUAAUAGUGAAGACAGAAACUAUUGACAUAACACAUAUGGAAUCAUGUAGUAACCAAGAAAAAUUUUAAAUAAUUCAAAAUAUAUUUAAGAUUCUUCAAAGUAGCCGCCCUUUGCCUUUGACAGUUUUGCACACUCUUGGCAUUCUCUCAACCAGCUUCAUGAGUUAGUCACCUGGAAUGCAUUUCAAUUAACAGGUGUGCCUUGCUAGAUGUUCAUUUGUGGUAUUUCUUUCCUUCUUAAUGCCUUUGAGCCAAUCAGUUGUGUUGUGACAUGGUAGGGGUGGUAUACAGAAGUUAGCCCUAUUUGGUAAAAGACCAAGUCCAUAUUAGGGCAAGAACAGCUCAAAUAAGCACAGAGAAACAACAGUACAUCAUUACUUUAAGACAUGGUCAGUCAAUAUGGAAUAUUUCAAGAACUUUGAAAGUUCGCAAAAACUUGCACUUAAAUCUGAUUGAUUUCAACUGGUCUAAUGUCCAUUGCUCGUGUUUCUUGGCCCAAGCAAGUCUGUUCAUCCUAUUGGUGUCCUUUAUUAGUGGUUUCUUUGCAGCAUUUCGACCAUGAAGGCCUGAUUUCACGCAGUCUCCUCUGAACAGAGAAGGUUAAAUUAAAGUUUUAAAUAAAAAAUACAAAUACAAAAACAGUUGAUGUUGAGAUGUGUCUGUUACUUGAACUAUGUGAAGCAUUUAUUUGGGCAAUCAUUUCUGAGCCUGGUAACUCUAAUGAGCUUUUACUCUGCAGCAGACGUGAAUCUGGGUCUUCCUUUCCUGUGGCGGUCCUCAUGAGAGCGCUCAUCAUAGUGCUUGAUGGUUUUUGCGACAGACCGUAUACACUUUUCUUAUUUGAGCUGUUCUUGCCACCAUAUGGACUUGGUAUUUUGCCAAAUAGGGCUAUCUUUUGAAUACCACCCCUACCUUGUCACAACACAACUGAUUGGCUCACACGCAUCCAGGUGACUACCUCAUGAACCUAGUUGAGAGAAUGCCAAGAAUGUGCAAAGCUUUCAUCAAGGCAAAGGGUGGCUACUUUGAAGAAUCUCAAAUAUGUUUUGAUUUGUUUAACACUUUUUUUGGUUACUACAUGAUUCUAUAUGUGUUAUUUCAUAGUUUUGAGGUCUUCUUGUUAAGAUGGCGCCGAAAAAGAUGGCUGACGUUUUACAUGCCCGUAACCAAUUAUACAAUUAUUAUUAUUAUUUUUGCAUUUGUAACUUAUUUUUUAACUUAUUUUGUACAUAAUGUUACUUCUACCAUCUCUUAUGACCAAAAAAUAACUUCUGGACAUCAGAACUGGGAUUACCCACCACGAACUGGAAGAAGCUUUUUCCUUUAACAAGUCACACAAGAAAGAUAUACUGCUCUCCCGGGAACAGGCCCAUUUCCCCAUCAUUUGUGUGAAGAAAAGACGGAAAAGAGGACGCAUAACGGGGUGCCUUUUAAGAAUCUGUAGGGAAGCGAGUAAACUUCCACUGCGAUCAAUUCUAUUUGCUGGCAUGCAAUCAUUGGAAAAUAAAAUUGAUGUCCUAUUACGAUUACCCUACCGACAGGACAUUAAGAACUGUAAUAUCUUAUGUUUCACCGAGUCGUGGCUGAACGACAACACAGAUAAUACAGAGCUAGAGGGAUUUUCAAUGCACCGGCAGAUCAGAGAAGCUACGUCUGGUAAGACGAGGGGUGGUGGUGUGUGUCUUUUUGUCAAUAACAGCUGGUGCGUGAUGUCUAAUAUUAAAGAAGUCUCGAGGUAUUGCUCGCCUGAGGUAGAAUACCUUAUGAUAAGCUGUAGACCACACUAUCUACCAAGAGAUUUCUCAUCUAUAUUAUUCGUAGCCGUCUAUUUACCACCACAGACCGAUGCUGGCACUAAGACCGCAAAAAAAACAACUCUAUAAGGCCAUAAGCAAACAAGAAAAUGCUCACCCAGAAGCGACGCUCCUAGAGGCCAGGGACAUUAAUGUAGGCAAACAAAUCAGUUUGGCCAAACUUUUACCAGCAUGUCACAUGUGCAACCAGAGGGAAAAAACUCUAGACCACCUUUACUUCACACACAGAGGUGCGUACAAAGCUCUCCCCCGCCUUCCAUUUGGCAAAUCUGACCAUAAUUAUAUCCUCCUGAUUAUAUCCUCCCGAUUCCUGCUUACAAGCAAAAACUAAAGCAGGAUGUACCAGUGACUAGAUCAAUACGCAAGUGGUCAGGUGAAGCGGAUGCUACGCUUACAGAACUGUUUUGUUAGCACAGACUAAAAUAUGUUCCAGGAUUCAUCCAAUGGCAUUGAGGAGUAUACCACCUCAGUCAUCAGCUUCAUCAAUAAGUGCAUCAACGACGUCGUCACCACAGUGACUGUACGUACAUAUCCCAACCAGAAGCCAUGGAUUACAGGCAACAUCUGAAUUGAGCUAAAGGCUAGAGCUGCAGCUUUCAAGGAGCGGGACGCUAAUCCGGAUGCCUAUAAGAAAUCCGGUGAUGCCCUCAGACGAACCAUCAAACAAGCAAAGCGUCAAUAAAGGAUUAAGAUUGAAUCCUACUACACCUGCUCUGAUGCUCGUCGGAUGUGGCAGGGCUUGAAAACUCUUACGGGCUACAAAUGGAAACCCAGACGCGAGCUGCCCAGUGAUGCGGGCCUACCAGAUGAGCUAAAUGCUUUUUAUGCUCGCUUCGAGGCAAGUAACACUGAAGCAUGCAUGAGAGCACCAGAUGUUGUGGAUGACUAUGUGAAAAUGCUCUCGGUAGACGAUGUGAGCAAGACCUUUAAACAGGUCAACAUUCACAAAACCGCGGGGCCAGAUGAAUUACCAGGACAUGUACUCAAAGCAUGCGUGGACCAACUGGCAAGUGUCUUCACUGACAUUUUCAUCCCCUCCUUGACUGAGUCUGUAAUACCUACAUGUUUCAAGCAGACCACCAUAGUCCCUGUGCCCAAGGAAUCAAAGGUAACCUACCUAAAUGAUUACCACCCCAUAGCACUCACAUCGGUAGCCAUGAAGUGCUUUGAAAGGCUGGUCAUGGCUCACAUCAACAGCAUCCUCCUGGAUACCCUAGAUCCACUCCAAUUCGUAUAUCGUCCCAACAGAUCCACAGAUGAUGCAAUCUCAAUCGUACUCCACACUGCCUUUUCCCACCUGGACAAAAGGAACACCUAUGUGAGAAUGCUGUUCAUUGACUACAGCUCAGCGUUCAACACCAUAGUGCCCAUGAAGCUCGUCACUAAGCUAAGGACCCUGGGACUAAACGCCUCCCUCUGCAACUGGAUCCUGGACUUCCUGAUGUGCUAACCCCAGGUGGUAAGGGAAGGCAACAACACGUCCGCCACGCUGAUCCUCAACACGGGCCCCUCAGGGGUGUGUACUUAGUCCCCUCCUGUACUCCCUGUUCUUCCACGACUGCGUGGCCAAACACGACUCCAACACCAUCAUUAAGUUUGCUGACGACACAACAGUGGUAGUCCUGAUCAACAAGGAGACAACCUAUAGGGAGGAGGUCAAAGAACUGGCAGUGUGGUGCCAGGACAGCAACUUCUCCCACAAUGUGAGCAAGACAAAGUAGCUGAUCAUGGACUACAGGAAAAGGAGGGCCGAACAGGCCCCCAUUAACAUCAACGGGGCUGUAGUGGAGCGGGUUAAGAGUUUCAAGUUCCUUGGUGUCCACAUCACCAAAGAUCUAUCAUGGUCCAAACACAGUUGUGAUGAGGGCACGACAAAUCCUAUUCCCCCCCAGGAGACUGAAAAGAUUUGGCAUGGGUCCUCAGAUCCUCAAAAGGUUCUACAGCUGCACCAUCGAGAGAAUCCUGAACUGUUGCAUCACCGCCUGGUAUGGCAACUGCUCGGCAUCUGACCGUAAGGCGCUACAGAGGGUAGUGCGUACGGCCCAGUACAUCAAUGGGGCCAAGCUUCCUGCCAUCCAGAACCUAUAUAAUAGGUGGUGUCAGAGGAAAGCCCAUAAGUGUCAGACUCCAGUCACCCUAGUCAUAGACUGUUCUCUCUGCUACCGCAGGGCAAGCAGUACCGGAGCGCCAAGUCUAGGUCCAAGAGGCUUCUAAAACAGCUUCUACCCCAAGCCGUAAGGCUGCUGAACAAUUAAUCAAAUGGCUACCCAUCUAUUACAUUGACCCCCCCCCCCCCUCAUUUGUUUUGUACACUGCUGAUACUCGCUGUUUAUUAUCUAUGCAUAGUCACUUCACCCCGACCUACAUGUACAAAUUACCUCUAACCUGCACACUGACUCGGUACUGGUACCCCCUUUAUAUAGCCUCGUUACUGUUAUGUUUUUGUGUUACUUCUUUACACAUUUUUACUUUAGUUCAUCUUCUUGAACUGCACUGUUGGUUAAGGGCUUGUAAGUAAGCAUUUGAUGGCCAGGUCUGCACUUGUUUUCGGCGCAUGUGACAAAUUAAGUUUGAUUUGAUUCUUUAUUAUUUACAAUGUAGAAAAUAGUUUAAAACAACAACCUUGAAUGGGUAGGUGUGUCCAAACUUUUGACUGGUACUGUAUGUGGGAAGAGCUUCGUUCAUUUAGGGCCAAUGAGAAAACACAAGCAUGACAUAUUUCAUCUCCCUCCUAUCUGGACCGUUCCAGAUCCCUAAAUAAUGGAUCAAUAGAAAACAUCUAGUGAACAGUCAUAUCCAUCUCCCAUUCUUAAACAGUUGCCUCAGUCUGAUCACCAUGGUAACCUCUGUGGAGCAUAAUAUACAGCUCUGAUCUAGGAUCAGGUCUCCCCUGUGUCUAUGUAAUAUCACACAUUUGUGAUUUGAGUGGAUAAAUGUUAUCAUAGAAGAUGUCACAGUGAACCUGUGUGUGGGGGGAUAAUCUUCUUUCAUAUACUCAUGAUACUAUUGUCAUUAAAUCUCAUGCAGAAUAAGGUUUCAACAAUAGGUAUAUAUUCAUGUAUUCAAUUGAUCAAUAAAUUCAAUCCAUUGUAUUCUAAACAUGAAUAUAUCACUUCAAUGUUAUAUUUUUAUUAUAAUAAUAAACAAAUCUAAAUUGACUUAUGUUCCUAAAAAUAAUCAAUAUUAUUUUGGAUAAUAAUAUCCAUGAGGUCCAGGCAUGAACUAUGUAUGCUGUGUCUUGUAACAACGGUUAAUGUAAUACCUUUUCGAUUUACAAUGUAAUAAAACCGGUAAAUGUAA